AUGCCUGAUAGAUCAACACGGAAUUCUCGUAUCGAACGAUUGUGGGUUGAAGUCGGCACACAAUUUGCACGCCGAUGGCGGGCAUUCUUUACCAGGCUUGAACGACUUCACAAACUUGAUGUUGACAGGCCUGGGCAUCUUUGGCUCCUUAGCGCGCUCUUCUUGAAUGCACUCAACAAUGAUUGCCGACAGUUUCAACAAGAAUGGAACUCCCAUCCUAUUCAUGGUUCUGAUACCAAGGAUCAAAGCCCUCAGGAUAUGCGCCUUCUAGGACAGGCGUCAUUAGGCGUCUAUGAAGAUGAGUUUGAGGGGAUACAUCCUGCAAUCCUGCAGCGCUAUUAUGGUAUUCAUGGCAGAGAGUUGGUCCGCGGUCGCAAUCAGACAGGUGCUGGCCACCCAAAUGACGAGUCGGAUGAAUCAGAUGAAGAUAGUAUUAUUGGCCGCAUCGAGCGGGAUCAAGCAAAUGACGUCCAACAUGAUGCUGUUGAGGUUGCAGAUGGUAAUACUCCUUUUCAGAAUGAAGAAGAUGAAAAUUCGUUCUUUGAAAUACUUGAGGAGGUCGUCAUGGAUGGUAUUGUACCGGAGGGAUACAAUUUACAGGAGGGUGAAGAUGAGUAUGAUGAAAACACAACUGAACAUCUACGAGUCGGACGACGGAGGGAGAAUUAUGUUGAAGUAUCGUUAGCAGACCCUAUCUGGAGGACUCGCUCAACAUUAUGGGCUCAAGCGGCUAGUGUUCUAGGUCAUUUUGAAGCAGAUGUAUUUUUCUAA